UCAUGCUGCUGCCAGGUCAGAGAGUGUGUUAUGGGUCCCUGUACGGCCUCCCAUUGCUGCUGUCUCCAUCGCACACUCUGCCAUGUGCCACUUUCAGGUCUCUCCUGCCACUGCUGGUGGGUUCCACUUUGUGUCAUAGGGUGCUGUAUGGCCUCCCAUUGCUGCUGCCAGGCCCGUAAUCUGUCAUGGGCCCCUGUACCGCCUCCUCAUGCUGCUGCCAGGUCCAGAGUGUGUCAUGGGUCCCUGUACGGCCUCCCAUUGCUGCUGUCUCCAUCGCCACACUCUGCCAUGUGCCACUUUCAGGUCUCCUCACACUGCUGGUGGGUUCCAUUUUGUCAUAGGGUGCUGUAUGGCCUCCCAUUGCUGCUGCCUCCACCGCCACACUGUGGCUCCACACUCUGGUUUUGGCCCCGUGACUGCCCAAAUGAGUGAAGUGUGCGGUGAUUCUAAGAUCGACGGCACUCAUCUGCAUGUCAUACUG